GCCCGGUCCCUUCCGGCUGCGCGUCGGCGCUGGGAGCCGCCGGAGCCGCCGGAGCCGCGGCCGCUGAGGGGCGGGAUGGGCCGGGGCCGGGCCUAGCGGCAGCGGGCGGGCGGCCGCGGCCAUGAGCGGAGCUGCGGGCUGCCAGGGCGGCGGCAGCGAGCGGGGGCCCCGCUGGAGGAGGCCGUGGAAGCUCCUGGCCCUGGGCCUGCUCUCCGCCUCCUCCGUGCUGGCGGCCGCGCCGGGCGCCGGGGCCAUGAGCAAGGAGGAGAAGCGCCAGUUGGGAAACCAAGUGCUAGAAAUGUUUGAUCAUGCGUAUAGCAAUUAUAUGGAACACGCGUAUCCGGCCGACGAGCUCAUGCCUUUGACUUGUCGCGGACGGGUGCGGGGUCAGGAACCAAGUCGAGGGGACGUGGAUGAUGCCUUGGGAAAGUUUUCCCUGACCUUGAUCGAUACCUUGGACACUCUUGUGGUGUUAAAUAAAACCAAAGAGUUUGAAGAGGCUGUAAAAAAAGUAAUAAAGGAUGUUAAUUUAGACAACGACAUAGUUGUGUCUGUCUUUGAAACCAACAUAAGGGUCCUUGGGGGUCUCCUAGGUGGGCAUUCAGUGGCGAUUAUGCUGAAAGAAAAAGGUGAAUAUAUGCAGUGGUACAACGGUGAACUUCUGCACAUGGCGAAGGAACUGGGCUACAAGCUUCUACCUGCUUUCAACACCACUAGUGGUCUCCCUUACCCAAGAGUUAACUUAAAGUUUGGUGUAAGGCAUCCGGAAGCACGGACUGGAACAGAAACCGAUACCUGCACAGCUUGUGCAGGUACCUUGAUCCUUGAGUUUGCAGCUUUAAGCCGAUUCACAGGAACAUCUAUAUUUGAGGAAUACGCCCGGAAAGCGCUCGAUUUUAUUUGGGAAAAGAGGCAGCGCAGCAGCAAUUUAGUGGGCGUUACUAUUAAUAUUCACACUGGAGACUGGGUCCGCAAAGAUAGCGGAGUUGGAGCGGGAAUAGAUUCAUAUUAUGAAUAUUUAUUAAAAGCCUAUGUCUUGCUGGGAGAUGACAGUUUCCUGGAGAGAUUUAACACGCACUACGAUGCCAUAAUGAGAUACAUUAGCCAACCACCUCUUCUCCUUGACGUUCAUAUUCAUAAACCCAUGCUAAAUGCAAGGACCUGGAUGGAUUCUUUGCUGGCUUUCUUCCCCGGGUUGCAGGUGUUGAAGGGCGACAUCAGACCUGCUAUUGAAACUCAUGAGAUGCUGUAUCAGGUUAUAAAAAAGCAUAACUUUCUUCCGGAGGCGUUCACAACAGACUUCAGAGUUCACUGGGCUCAGCAUCCUUUAAGGCCGGAGUUUGCCGAAAGCACUUACUUCUUGUAUAAGGCUACAGGGGACCCUUACUAUCUAGAAGUUGGAAAAACACUCAUAGAGAACUUGAACAAGUACGCGAGGGUACCUUGCGGCUUUGCUGCAAUGAAGGAUGUUCGUACGGGAAGUCAUGAAGACAGAAUGGACUCUUUCUUUCUGGCCGAGAUGUUUAAAUAUCUUUACCUGCUGUUUGCCGAUAAGGAAGACAUGAUUUUCGACAUUGAAGAUUAUAUCUUCACUACAGAAGCUCAUCUAUUACCACUGUGGCUUUCCACUGCAAACCAAACCAUCUCUAAAAAAAAUACAACGACAGAGUACACGGAGCUGGAUGACAGCAACUUUGACUGGACCUGUCCCAACACCCAGAUUCUUUUCCCAAAUGACCCCAUGUUCGCUCAGAGCAUUCGUGAACCCUUGAAAAACGUGGUGGAUAAGAGCUGCCCUCGGGGUGUUUCCAGAGUAGAAGAGAGUUUGGGAAGUGGACCAAAGCCACCAUUGAGAGCCAGAGAUUUCAUGGCCAGUAAUCCCGAACACUUGGAGAUACUGAAGAAGAUGGGAGUCAGUUUGAUUCAUCUGAAAGAUGGCAGAGUACAAUUAGUGCAGCACGCAGUGCAAGCAGCAAGUUCACUGGAUGCUGAAGAUGGCUUACGGUUCAUGCAGGAAAUGAUUGAGCUCUCCAGUCAGCAACAGAAGGAGCAACAGCUGCCUCCUCGUGCUGUUCAAAUCGUUUCCCACCCAUUCUUUGGCAGGGUGGUCUUGACUGCUGGACCAGCACAAUUUGGGAUGGACUUAUCCAAACACAAAACAGGGACAAGAGGAUUUGUUGCAACCAUUAAGCCAUAUAAUGGAUGCUCAGAGAUCACUAAUCCUGAGGCAGUGAAAGAGAAAAUUGCUCUGAUGCAACGAGGCCAGUGUAUGUUUGCUGAAAAGGCACGAAACAUUCAGAAAGCCGGAGCGAUAGGCGGCAUUGUUAUUGAUGACAACGAGGGAAGCAGCAGUGACACCGCUCCGCUCUUCCAAAUGGCCGGCGAUGGCAAGAACACAGAUGAUAUCACCAUUCCCAUGCUCUUCCUCUUCAACAAGGAAGGAAACAUUAUCCUGGAUGCCAUCCGGGAGUACGAGGCCGUGGAGGUGCUGCUUUCCGAUAAAGCAAAAGACAGAGCAACAAUCUUUAAAGGUAAAACGAUUCCAAACUACAUUAUUGAUAGCAACUUGGAAGUGGAGAAUAUGGACCAGAAAUCAGCUGAAAACGAUUCACAUAAGCAAAAUUCCGAAGAAGAUACUUCAGCAUCUCAGGAUGUAGGUGCGGUCAGCGAGGAGCCUGAAGAAGGAGAAAGCUCCGACGUUCCCGACCCCGAUUCUUUAUCUCCCGCUCACGCGGACAGUGACAGCGUUUCCGGUUCACAUCAGGAUUCGUCCGUCCCUGGAGCCGAUGGGGCCGGUGCUGCGGAGCCAGCGUGCGCGCCAGGGGACAGCCGGCCUCAGGAACACACCGGGACACAGCCAAGUUCCAAAGGUAGCUGGGAUAACAAAGCCCAGCCUAUGGAAUCCAUAUUAGCAGACUGGAAUGAAGAUAUAGAAGCAUUUGAAAUGAUGGAAAAGGAUGAGCUAUGACUUGUAAUAAUAACUUAUUUGUUAGUAACCAAAUGGAGAGCUCUUUGGGUAGAAGUGAGGCCCCGAUAUCUGAGAACUAGCAAACAUAUUCAGUGUUGUCAUGAGCAACCAGGUUUCACCUGGAGAUGACCAGAGAAAUCCAGCGCGCGCUCUUUUAUUGUUUUAAUUUUUCCUGUUUAAAAACGGGAACGUGCAAUCGAAUCGCUUGCCUGGCUCCGCUGCGGGCGCCGUAGCCCAGGACUCGUGCGUUCCAGGCCCGCGACGCGACGCUCCCGCCGUCUCUGGAAAGCACGAGUUGGCGCGGCGGGGUGAGCACACCGUGGUUUACCCACGGGAGCACUUGGGGGCGGCAGGUCGGCCGCUGGCCCGGUUGGAGCCGAAAUCCUUUCCGCCCCGCGAAAUCCUUCACUGAUAGCGGGUGAGACUGCGCUUCUAGCUGUCGUGUCUUUAAGACACAGCGAGAAGCAGUUUGGUUUCAUCCUGACGUAUCGUACUGAGGCCAAGUAGUGUUGCUCAUCGCUCCUUCCAUCUCUUAGCGCCAAGAACGACUCUGACACGUGAGUUUGCUCCGCUUUCAACCAGAGAAACUGUUCAAACCAAAGGCGACGUGGACCUUGUAAGCAGGUUCUGUUAGGGAAGCCGAGGCAGCAGAAGCAGAUAAAGGUUCGCGGUGUGUUGUGAAAGUUCUGCUCGAGGUUAAGGUAGAGCAGACAACGUCCAUGUUGAGUUCCGGGUGUUCCCUUCGGCCUCCCGGCUUGAAAAACUACCCCGAGAUACAGAAUUUAAACUGGCAAUAUUCUCUGAAAAGGACACUAAACAUCACCACAUCAGCUAUAACAACAAAUUCUUCCUUUUUCUACAAGUUCGACCUCUAACGGCUUGACUUUGUAAUCCUUUUUAUACGCAACUUCUACCCGCGUGAUCCGUAGGGCGAUGGGGCCAGUGCCGGCAGCGAAGCGCAACAAGUUUGGCCGUUGGGUCCGUAGUUGAGGGCGCGGCGGCGUGAGCCGCGAGGAUGACGCUCCGCUGGUGCUCGGGGUUUGUUACAGGUAAGUGCGAGUCCCGGUUUGUUAUCCCCACGCUGAAAAACGUGAUGGAAAUAAAAACGGGGAUGUUUAAACAUCUGAGAGACGUUUUGAGUGUGUCCAAAGAAACUGCCAAAAAAAAAAACGUAAUUAACUUGAUUUAUAUAAACUGCUUUUAGUGAAUUGUGGUUCAAAGAAUUGUUUUAUAUUAAAGAGUAAAUUAACACUGCCUAUAUGCUGCACCAGGCUGAAAAUGAAGGUUUAUAUCCAUCUUUACAAUGGAAUAAUUAACAAAAAAAAGCCCCAGUCUGAACUGCACCUUUCAUUUAGCUGGUGUAAUUACACGUGCUGAAUAUGCAACGGUUAAUUAGUACAGCCAUACUGUAUUUAUUGCUGUGUACUCCUGCACAACGUGGAGAAAUCCCAGGCGAACGUUGCGUACGUGUCUGCUUCACGACACUUGCCAGAGCCUCACAAUGCACAGGCACCUUUGGGGAGCGCGACAGAAUAGCGUCCAGAGACAGAACCGUGACUUCAGAUCACUCAAGCAGGAGGCAAUUUGGAGGAGGAAAUGGAGUGGUAGCGGAAUAGUGACUAAGUGUCCUUUCAAAUAAAUUAGCUUUUAAAGGUAGUUAUCAUUCUUUUGCACAAUUAAACUGGGUGGAGGUUUGGACUGGACGAGCGGGGCUUGAAGGUUUUUUCAGCUGAGGAUUUCUUUUAAUUUAUGGUAUUUUGUGUGUGUUACGUGAGUUUUCUCAUGUGAGGAGUUUGAUCAUGGGAGUGUUUGAAGUGUCCUUCAUCUCCGAACCAUCGGGUGCAGCUCCAGAGUGUUCACUCCGGUAAUUCCUUUGGUCUGUCAGUGCUUUAGUGCCAUGAAAAGAGCAUUUUUGUUCCCGUGUUCUUUGUCACGGGCCACAUCUUCAUGCUUCUUAGCUCUUCUGGUGGAAAUAGAAUUACUUUUAUAGCUAUCGAGGCCCUCUGGUCGUUAUAAGACCAUCAAUAUAGCAACUAAAGGUUUUCUUUUUUUACUUGCAGAAAAUGUAGAUGUAAAAUCUUAUUAAAACAUGAACUUUCUUUGCCACCACCAGCUCAUUUCUAUUUCAGCGCUUUUUCUGCCUCUCGUGCUGAAGCAGCAGAGGUCAGUUCUCCCUCGAAGGGAUUUUGAGUGAUCCCAGAUGGAUUUGGAGCAUCGUUUUGGUGGUGGCCCUACCUCACAUAACUCUUGCCUCCUUCCUUUUCGGUUUUAUUUGGAGUUUAUUCUCCUUUACCUAUGAAACCACCACGAGAGCCAUAGCCUUGUUUACAGACCCGAUGGGGGUAGGGCUGACCUUUGGGAAGGAGGAUUGAAUUGGGGUGGGGCGACACUUUUAUUCAGGUUAUUUUCACUUUGUAUUUCCUUCUGAGGAGGAAAACACGCUUUUCGUUUAACCCGUUCAUAUCAUUCUGGAGAGAACUCAGUUUUCUGUCACUGUUAAAAAGCAAAAAGAAUGUAUUCAUCAAAACAAGAAAAGCUUUUGGAGAGGGGAGUAAUGGUUCUUCCCACAUUGUUUGAAGUCUGCAUGCGGGAUAUCGCUGGUACAUCAGUAACCGCCCCGUUCUCUGUACGCUGUUGUACAUUUAUUUGUGUGGGAUUGAACCCGGAAGAAUUGGGGACCCGCAGCUGGAGCCAGCGCUUCUUCCAGGCCAUGUAAUUCACAGCAGCCAAUUAAUUUCUCAUUUGAUCCCGGAGGAAUCUUCUCAAUUGUUUACAUUUCAUGUUUCUUAAUGAAGUUUGGAAACGAGCCCGGCUUUGGUUCCGCUCCUGCCAGCGUACCUGGUGGUGCAGCAUGAGUGACAACCGAACACCUUAUGCAAAAGGCAUCAGUCAGGACGUAGAGAAAGAAACCCAUUCUGUGAAUGAAAUAUCGUAUGUUCAGAUUUUAUAAGAUUUUUGUUGUUUUUUUCUUUUUAGCCAGCCCAAUUUACAGCUAUUUUCUUAAGAAAGAUGUCUAAUACCAGGUGCUGUAACACUAUUGUUGGGUUUCGCUGUCUGGUGAGAAGUGUAUACAAUAUUUCUAAAGGGCAACUAUGUACUGUGAUGUAAAAGUCUGGGCUAAAAUGUAUAUAAUCUGUGUACAUAAUUGUGUACUUGAUUAUAACUGCUGAUUGUAAAGAUUUAAUAAAAUGUAAAUAUUCUGGUCAA